UUAGAAACUAGGAAUGAAAGAAAAGCCGUACCUAAGGCUAAGGAGUAAGGACAAGUUAGGCAGAUAGAUCUAGGAGCUGAGAGUGAUGCAACACCAUUCUCAUUUCUCACUCAUGAAAACGUUAAUUUCUUCUUCACUACCUGAAUCCGAUCUUGAAUAGUUCCUCAUCGUGCGUCAUGCUUCCCAGAUCCUUCUUCCUCUUCCUCAUCCUCUUCCUCCGCUAUGCCGAUUCAGCUCCCAACUGCACUCGCCUCACUUCACUCGUCAAUUUGGAAUCCGAGUUCCAAAUGGUUCAACACCAAUUACGAGGAUCUCUCCAAAUCAUCGACGAUUGCACCUUUAGGGUUUCCCGAUUCGACAUGCUUCCCGGCACCGACGUCCACUGGUGGGGCGCCGUGGCUCCCGAUUUCGAUAACCUCACCGCCGGAUUCAUCGUUUCAAGCCACGCGUUGAACGGGACCUACAAAAAUUCCACCUUCGAUGUGCAUUUGUUGACCAAUGUUUCGUGGAACAUGAUCAACGUCCUCGCCGUCUGGGAUCGCUCCACCGCCUCCGAUUUCGGCCACGUCCUCCUCCGCGGGGACGCGCCGCCGAAGAAGCUUCCCACGGUGUUCGAUAAUUGCAAGGUUUUGUCGAAGAACUUCAGGUUGAGGUGGAGUUUGAAUGUGUCCGAGGAUUCCUUUGAGAUUGGGUUGGAGGCUGCCACUGGGAUCACCAAUUACAUGGCUUUUGGGUGGGCUAACUCCAGUUCUGAUGAUUCAGGGCUCAUGAUUGGUGCUGAUGUUGCCGUUGCAGGGUUUAAGGAAGAUGGUUUUCCCUUUGUGGAUAAUUUUUUCAUUACUAAGUAUAGUGUUUGCGAGAGAAAUAGUGAUGGAGUAGCUCAAGGGGUUUGUCCUGAUUCCGUUUAUGAAGGCUCCGAUGGGGUGGGUUUAGUCAACGAUUCAAUGUUGGUUUAUGGCCAUAGGAAAGAUGGCGUGUCGUUUGUUAGAUACCGUUGGCAUUUGAGUAAGGUCAAUGGAAUUUAUGAUCACCCUGUCAACCAUUCAGCGAAUAUGAAGGUUAUUUGGGCUAUGGGGCCUAUUAAGCCUCCUGAUUCUAUUAAUCCUUACUAUCUUCCUCAGAAUCAUGGGGAUGUUAAUUAUGGUCAUUUGGUUUUGAAUAUAUCGGAGCAUGUGAAUGAAUGUACAGGUCCCUUGGAUGCUGAAGACAAAGAAGAUCAAGGUAUCAUCACUGCAGACAAAAAUGCUCCUCUGGUGGUAUCCUCUGCUCUGGCAAUGCAUUACCCCAACCCUCCAAAUCCUGCUAAGAUUCUUUUCAUCAACAAAAGGGAAGCUCCUGUCUUGAGAGUGGAAAGAGGGGUGCCGGUCAAGUUUUCCAUUCAAGCGGGGCACGAUGUUGCACUUUACAUUACAUCAGAUCCGCUUGGUGGAAAUGCUACGACGAGGAAUCGCACUGAGACUAUUUAUGCUGGAGGUCCUGAUGCCCACGGCGUUCAAGCCAGUCCUACUGAAUUAGUUUGGACUCCUGGCAGGAACACUCCUGAUCACAUCUACUAUCAUUCGUUGUACGAGCCCAAAAUGGGUUGGAAGGUUGAGGUGGUUGAUGGAGGUCUAUCAGACAUGUAUAAUAACAGUGUCAUUUUGGAUGAUCAACAGGUUACCUUCUUUUGGACAUUGUCAAAGGAUUCCAUAUCUAUUGCAGCCCGUGGCGAGAAAAAAAGUGGUUAUCUUGCCAUAGGAUUUGGAAGUGGGAUGGUAAACAGCUAUGCGUAUGUGGGUUGGAUUGAUGAUAAUGGUAUAGGACAUGUGAACAGUUACUGGAUUGAUGGUAAAGAAGCUUUGAGCAUACAUCGUACACGGGAGAAUUUGACACAUGUCAGAUGUAAAACAGAAAAUGGCAUCAUUACUUUGGAGUUUACAAGGCCCUUGGACCCAUCCUGUAAGCGGGAAAAGAGGGUAGAAUGUAAAAAUAUUAUUGAUCCCACAACUCCACUAAAAGUUGUUUGGGCAAUUGGUGCUAAAUGGACUAAUGACCAUCUUACUGACAGGAAUAUGCAUUCUAGUACAAGUAAUAGGCCUAUCCUUGUACACCUGAAGGUCGGGUCAUCAGAAGCAGAGCAGGAUUUACUUCCGGUUUUGGUUGUGCAUGGGUUUAUGAUGUUUGUUGCAUGGGGUAUACUGCUUCCUGGAGGGGUAUUGGCAGCCAGAUACUUGAAACAUCUUAAGGGUGAUGGAUGGUACCGGAUUCAUGUUUACUUGCAAUACUCAGGGUUAGUAAUUGUUCUACUUGCUCUCCUUUUUGCUGUGGCUGAGCUUAGGGGAUUUGUUUUCAGCUCAACACAUGUCAAAUUUGGAUUUGCUGCUAUAUUUUUUGCUUGUAUACAGCCAGUAAAUGCCUUUGUAAGGCCUCCAAAACCAGCGAAUGGGGAGCAGGCACCCUUCAAGAGGGUUAUUUGGGAGUAUUUCCAUUCAAAUGUUGGUAGAUGUGCCGUUGUUGUUGGCAUUGCUGCACUUUUUACUGGGAUGAAGCAUCUAGGACACAGAUAUGAUGUGGAAAAUGUCCAUGGACUCAGUUGGGCUAUGGCAAUUUGGUUCUUAGUUGGUGCAUUUAUUGUUAUUUAUUUAGAAUACCAUGAAAGGCAGAGAAUAAGGAGGCAGAUGCUUGGAAGAGGCAAUUGGGUUCUUGGUAAUACUGAGGAAGAUGAUUCAGUUGAUCUCUUGAACCCAACCAGAACAACUGCAGAUAAAGAGUUACAACCAUAUGCGAGAAUGGAAGUCCAGCUAGAACCCUUGAACAGAUAAAACAGCAUUCUUUAAGUUCUGAUAGAAAGUUGCCUUUCUGCCCCAAUUUUUGCAAUUUUGCAUUUAAUUUGUGAGGUGGCAUUCUUCUUUAUUAGUUAUGAGGCGUUUUCUGAGGUGAAAAGGGAGGCAAUUACUUAUCAAUGUCUUUUUUCAACAUAUGUUGCUUUCUAAUUUCCAAGAGUAGUUUUCCUGCAGCAUAUAUUUCCUAGUGAUACAUCUUCGAAUGAAUAGGUUAUAUUGAUUCAUCACUCUAUAGAGGCUACACUAUUUCUUUUACUACUUCAUCCCAAAAUAGAUCAAACUUUACGAGGUGAAAGCUUUCUUCUUGAUCAAUGUAGGUUAUGUAUGUUUAGUUUGACAGUAUCAUAAUAGAUGAUUUGAGACAUGGAAUGCUAUCUGGCAAAAGGCAUUGUUGUAAAUUAUGAGAUGCAGAAAGUUAAUACAUCAUUUUUUUGUCCAUAA